AUGACGACUUUGUCCCCGCCUGGGAGACGUGGCAUGGGGGAGGCGCCGACGCCGGAGUGGGAGUGCCGCGGGGUGUAUAAUUGGGCGGAGGGAGGGGAGGGGCGGAAGGAGGAGCAACAAGGAGCUGAGGAUGGAGAGCAGGGAGGACAAAUCCCCACGGCAGAACCUCGUGGACAAGGCCUUUUUAGUGGCUCCACAGCACAGGAAUCCAGUGGGGAGGAAAAGCCCCGGAGAUCCCGCAGGAGGAGGGGCUCCAAACCCAGCCCAGGAUGCUCCGAGAAGGAAAGACCCAGCCUGUGCCAGGAAGGCAGCCAGAGAUCUGGCCAGAGCUCUGAGGUGGUGGUCAAUGAGCAGCUUGACGAUGGCAAGAAGCCCCACCGGUGCUUGGAGUGUGGGAAGAGUUUUCCCGCGAGCUCCCACCUGAUAAUCCACCAGAGGAUCCACACCGGGGAAAGGCCCUACGAGUGUGGGGAAUGUGGGAAGGGCUUCAGAGACACCUCGGACCUGAUCCGCCACCAGAGGAUUCACACUGGGGAACACCCCUACGAGUGUGGGGAAUGUGGGCAGAGAUUCAGCAUCAGCUCCUACCUGAUCGUCCACCAGAGGACCCACACUGAUGAAUGGCCCUAUACAUGUGGAGAAUGUGGGAAAGGCUUCAGGAAGAGCGGCCACCUGAAUCGCCACCAGAUGACCCACACUGGGAUACGACCCUACGUGUGUGGGGAAUGUGGGAAGGGCUUCUGUGACAGCUCUGGCCUGAUCAUCCAUCAGACCAUGCACACGGGGGAAUGCCCCUACAUGUGCUCUGAAUGUGGGAAGAGCUUCAGCCGGAGCUCCAAACUGAUUGUCCACCAGGGGAACCACACUGGGGAGAAGCCCUAA